UGCGUCUUGAUGAUGACGACACAUAUAUGCGCCGGAAGAAAACAAAAGAUAUGUCGGAACCACGACGUGCGAGAAUAAGGAGAGGCCGAGUGGACUUUUUACAUGGAGGAUUGACAUUAACUUCACGGAGAAGAUGGACACUAACUUUACGUGGAAGAUGGACAUUAACUUCACGGAGAAGAUGGACAUUAACUUCAGGGAGAAGAUGGACAUUAACUUCAGGGAGAAGAUGGACACUAACUUCGCGGUGAAGGAAAGACAGAACAGCGCUGUGUGACUCUGCUGCUUUAGAACAAGUGCCAUUAAAAUAUCUGGACUUCUGAUAUGGAGCUCGGCCUCCUCUGGCUGCCAACUGAAGUGGGAGGGAGCCCCAAACGAACCCACUCAGAAUAGCUCUGCUGUGAGGAAGAGUAAAUGAACACAAUGAAGAUUGAUCCUCCUCCAGCUCUGGUGCUCUCUGAGCCACAGAUCCUGGAUGUUUGUGCUUCAGUUACAUCGGGUCAUCAGUCAAGCCCUGCUGGGAUUUCCCGAAAAUCACAUCGUUUCCUAGUGGCUGCAGUGUGCUUUCGUUUUCGUUGUCCUUGUUCAUGCUGCAUUGUGUGAAAUAGUCGGAGGAGUGUCUGCUGCUGCUCAUAACUACCCUCCACCUGGAGACAGUCGGACGGGAACUUCACCGCUUCACAUCGUUUUUUAACUUUCAAUUCGAGCCGCUCUCUGACCAACCUCGGAUUCAGAUUUUUUGCACUAAUCUAACAGGAUAUGAUGUUCCGUUACAUAUUUUUGGUUGUUUUCUUGACGGACUCUCUGCGCAACUUCCAUGUGUCUGGCUGUGAUGUAAACUGUGCAGACAAGCCUGUAUUCACUCCAUCCAGACUGGUAGUGAAGUACGGUGACCCGACCUCUGCUACAUGCGUUGCAUGUCAGGGUGUUUGCCACGACAAAUUAUUUGGUUUGGAGAAAUCAGUGGGAGACGUCACAGAAAACGGAACUAUGUUGUAUUGGACGGUUGGAAAAUUGACAGACUGGGAUCCGUCUCCCAUGUGCUAUUAUAAUACUGAUUCUGGUGACCAGUGCUGUACCACCCUGCCUGUAAUUGUCUACCAGCCUCCAGAAAAUGUGUCCAUCAGCUUUGUAAAUCACAGCGGGCCGAUGUUUGAGAACAGCCAGUACACUCUGCAGUGUAUUGUAGAGAACGUAGCUCCUGUUGGGAACCUCGUCGUGACCUUCUACAGAGGACAGACAGAACUGAGCCGCCAAAAGUCCAGCAGCAAACCACAGGACAAACCAGUGACCGACACCUUCACUCUGAAUGUCAACAUCAGCAAAGAAGAUAAUGGAGCUCAGUACUGGUGUGAAGCCAAACUGGAACUGGGACCUGAAGGACCACAGCCUCCUCCAGUGGUGACGUCAGAAAACAUCACUGCCACAGUCCACUAUGGGCCUCAUCUGCAGAAGACAGGAAAUCUAGAGUCCAUCAAAAUUACAGAGGGACAGAGUUUACAGCUGAACUGCUCGGCGGUGGGAAACCCCAGCCCCUCUUACAUCUGGACCGUCCCACCAGAGAGCCAUUCCUCCUUCAAUGACAGCGUUGUCACAAUCAAAUCUGUCGGUUUUGAGCAUAACGGGCAGUACACCUGUAAAGUCAGCAGUGAGGACAGGACAGCCACUGUAACUUUUACCGUCGAUGUUCAAGCUGACGUCAUCCCAUACAUUAUAACUGCUGUGGUAAUAGCUGCUGUUGUGAUCGUCUUCGUUGGGUUAAUUGUAUACUUUCAGUACUACAGACACAACAAAAUGGGACACUACAACUUGAAGGAUGUUUUGAGUUUUCAUAAACGGCAAGCUGUGCCCCUUGAUCCGUAACUCAAUGAAGAACGUGGACGGACAAUGUCAAGAUACUGCUUUGACUUCAGCUUCAGAGUUGAAGUCGUAAGUCAGAUCAACUUCACCAGUUUGAGUCUGGCGUCUUUCUUCCUCUCACUUCAUGUUGUUUCUUGUGUUGCUAAACACCUUCACUUGGCAUAUAAUGCCAAAAAUGAUAUGAAGUUUCAACUUGUGGAUCCUAAAUGCUGAGUGGAACAAGUCAUUUCCACUUGCACCAAACUGCUGUGUCUGCAGAAGGUUCAGUUUACUGUAUAGAGAAACUUAUCUGUUGUUCAUACACUUCAUUUUUAAGCUGUCGAUUGGAAGUGUUUAUGUGGGAUGUCCAAAGCGCAGAUUAUUUCAUUAUUACAGAAAUUGCAUAUGGUUUGAUAUUUCAUUAUGUAUGCUGGUAAAAGGGCCAAACUCUACGAAAGCAGAUGCAUGAACUAACACCAACAAUGUUUCAGUUUAUCUGUGGCAACUAAGCCCCAUUCACUGCUAAUGAAGAUACACAACUUUAAAACAGGCCUCAAACAUACUGUUAGUUUUCUUUUAAAUAUUCUGUCAUUUUGUAAAACAGCUGGGCACUGUAGUUUUUCAUAAACAUUGUCUGUACGACAAAAGGAAAGUAAAGUCUCCAAAUAAAAGUAAUUUGUUGAGGAGUAUUUUCCACUGGAGGCCUCUCUCAUCAAUACAACAGAACAUUGGUGCCACCAUGACAGACAUUACUGGCCAUUAAUAGUUAGCAACAAUAAAUGGAUAAAUUUAAAACACAUUCUUCAAAAUUGGGCCAUAGAGUCAGAAGCCACAUGGGUUUUCCCUCAGUUUUGUAACUGUGCCUUUGUGGUGCAUUUUACUGAACACAUUUGUAACUUAUCAAAUUAUGACACAAUAAUUUGUACACGGUUGCUUGGGUUCUUUAGGGGCCUCUUAUGUUGUGCAAUUAUCUGCUUUUCCUUGUUGAUAAUGUACACCAUAAAAUCAGAAUAAGCUCAUUGUUUUGAACAUGACCAGCCUUGUCCUUCACCUGAAGCACAACUUUGAGUUUGGUACACAGAAAGAGGCCUCUGGUUCAAUAAGUCUGUCUGUGAAGGGAAAAGUGCUGAUUUUUGUUGAUAUUGUCGUAUGUCCUGUGUUUGUAUUUCUGUCACUUCGUUGGUAUGAAGACUUCUCUUGCAAAAAGACUGCAGCUGAAAACCAGCUGUCUGGCACAUUGACAGAAAUGCUGUUUAAUAUGUGUUGUCCAUAAAAAAUCAUUAAAUGAAAAAAAAAAUCCACAUAAAUAUGAACAUUUAUAACACUGCUGUUUGAAAUACAUAAAUGGAUGUGAAGUGUGGAUGGACAAACUUUUAAGUUCUGUUGAGUAUUAUAAGAGCUUGUUUAAUGAUAAGGUAUUUAUUCCAUUCUCUAAAGACAGGUUUUUGGUGUAAAUUGAUCUGUCAGACUGAAGAGUGACAAAACUCUAAGUUAACAAGUCCAACUGUGGAACUGAUUUUCUGACUGAAACAGCAAAUUGGAAUUUUUUUUUUUUAAAACAAAAAUGUUAUGUUUUGGGAAAUGUUAACCUAAGUUCAUGUUGAUGAAUCAGAUCAGUUGGCAAUUUGGCAUAAACAUCCAGUGUAGCUGCUGUGUAGGUGAAUGUGUUUCACUGCUUCUUGCUGUUUUUAUCAAAUGUGUUUCUGCAAAGAAUGUUAUAGGUUUAUUUCGAGGUGUGAUGGCAAUAUAACACCUAAUGUUCAGACGUGAAAGUCCUCACACUCAGCUUCACAGUUUGCAUGUAAAACCACUGAAAACGUGAAAAAGACUUUACUCCGACCCACAGCUAGUGGCUCAGUAAAAGCUACAUGUGCACA